CGGGUACUCGCGGGCAGGAGGCGGAGGCGCGGCCGGAGUCAGCGCCUGGGGCCCGGCCGCGGUGGCCCGCGCGGCCUGCCCUUUGUGCCCGCAGCCCGCGCCCGCGCCCAGGGCCGCCGCGCCGGGCUGUCCGGCUGCGCGCGCCCGCCCGCGCACCCAGCCCGCGCCUGGGAUGCUCCGGGGAUGCGCGCCCGCCGGCCCUGCGGCUCCUCGCGGCUGGGCGCCGGGCGAUGGACCUGAGCAUGAAGAAGUUCACGGUGCGCAGGUUCUUCUCGGUGUACCUGCGCAAGAAGUCGCGCUCCAAGAGCUCCAGCCUGAGUCGGCUCGAGGAAGAAGGCAUUGUGAAGGAGAUCGACAUCAGUCAUCAUGUCAAAGAAGGGUUUGAGAAGGCAGACCCUUCCCAGUUUGAACUGCUGAAGGUUCUAGGACAAGGGUCCUAUGGAAAGGUGUUCCUGGUGAGGAAGGUCACUGGAUCUGAUGCUGGCCAGCUCUACGCCAUGAAGGUCCUGAAGAAAGCCACCUUGAAAGUCCGGGACCGAGUGCGGUCCAAGAUGGAGCGGGACAUCCUGGCAGAGGUGAGCCACCCCUUCAUCGUGAAGCUGCACUACGCCUUUCAGACGGAAGGAAAGCUCUACCUGAUCCUGGACUUCCUGCGGGGAGGCGAUCUCUUCACCAGGCUGUCCAAAGAGGUGAUGUUCACCGAGGAGGACGUCAAGUUCUACUUGGCUGAGCUGGCCUUGGCCCUGCACCACCUCCACGGCCUGGGGAUCAUCUACAGGGACCUGAAGCCCGAGAACAUCCUCCUGGAUGAAGAAGGACACAUCAAGAUCACAGAUUUUGGUCUGAGCAAGGAGGCUAUCGACCAUGACAAGAGAGCCUAUUCGUUCUGCGGGACCAUAGAAUACAUGGCACCCGAGGUGGUGAAUCGGCGGGGACACACGCAGAGUGCCGACUGGUGGUCCUUUGGUGUGCUCAUGUUUGAGAUGCUCACGGGGUCACUGCCGUUCCAGGGGAAGGACCGGAAGGAGACGAUGGCCCUCAUCCUCAAAGCCAAGCUGGGCAUGCCCCAGUUCCUCAGCCCGGAGGCCCAGAGCUUGCUGAGAGCCCUCUUCAAGCGGAACCCUUGUAACCGGCUGGGUGCUGGCCUUGAUGGAGUGGAGGAAAUUAAACGCCAUCCCUUCUUUGUUACCAUAGACUGGAACAAGCUGUACCGAAAGGAGAUCAAGCCGCCCUUCAAACCUGCAGUGGGCCGGCCCGAGGACACCUUCCACUUUGACCCUGAGUUUACCACACGGACGCCCACAGACUCUCCUGGUGUGCCCCCAAGUGCCAAUGCUCACCACCUGUUUCGAGGAUUCAGCUUUGUGGCCUCCAGCCUGGGCCCAGAGCCCUCCCAGCAGGACCUCCACAAGGCCCCCGUUCACCCCAUCGUGCAGCAGUUACACGGAAACAGCAUCCGCUUCACCGAUGGCUAUGAGAUCAAGGAGGACAUCGGGGUGGGCUCCUACUCCGUGUGCAAGCGGUGCGUGCAUAAAGCCACUGACACAGAGUACGCGGUGAAGAUCAUCGAUAAGAGCAAAAGAGACCCCUCAGAAGAGAUCGAGAUCCUCCUGCGGUAUGGCCAGCACCCGAACAUCAUCACCCUCAAAGACGUCUAUGACGACGGCAAGUGCGUGUACCUGGUGAUGGAGCUGAUGCGCGGCGGGGAGCUCCUGGACCGCAUCCUCCGGCAGCGGUUCUUCUCGGAGCGGGAGGCCAGUGACGUGCUGUGCACCAUCGCCAAGACCAUGGACUACCUGCACUCCCAGGGGGUUGUUCACCGGGACCUGAAGCCAAGUAACAUCCUGUACAUGGACGAGUCUGGAAACCCUGAAUCCAUCCGAAUCUGUGACUUUGGGUUUGCUAAGCAGCUGCGAGCGGAGAAUGGGCUGCUCAUGACGCCCUGCUACACGGCGAACUUUGUGGCCCCCGAGGUCCUCAAGCGGCAAGGCUAUGAUGCAGCAUGUGACGUCUGGAGUUUGGGGAUCCUGUUAUACACCAUGCUCGCAGGGUUCACCCCUUUUGCAAAUGGACCAGAUGACACUCCAGAGGAGAUCCUGGCAAGGAUUGGCAGUGGGAAGUACGCCCUCUCCGGUGGAAACUGGGACUCGAUAUCCGAUGCAGCAAAAGACGUGGUGUCCAGGAUGCUCCACGUGGACCCGCAGCAGCGCCUGACGGCAGUACAGGUGCUAAAACACCCGUGGAUCAUCAACAGGGAGUUCCUGUCCCAGAACCAGCUGAGCAGGCAGGACGUGCACCUGGUGAAGGGUGCCAUGGCAGCCACCUACUUUGCUCUGAACAGGACGCCUCAGGCCCCACGGCUGGAGCCCGUGCUGUCAUCUGGCCUCGCCCAGCGUAGAGGCAUGAAGAGACUCACGUCCACCAGGUUGUAGCGGUGGCCAGAUGCCGCCCCGCCUGCCUGCCCAGCGUCCUCUCAGGCCCGCAGACGCCACCGCAGGGCCCGGCUCGUGGCACCUGGAGGGACCACACACCCAACAUGAAGGCAGAGCUGGCCUUCGCUGUUUCUGUGUUCCUAUUCAACCCAGAGAGGGUCCCGACCCAGUGAUUUCUCUGAGCCGCGCCACAGGGACCUUGCAACCCGCUCUCCUUCACUCCCAAGCGAAACCAAAUGAAUGCAGGUCACCUCACAUCGCCACACUGGAGCCCAGGUCCUCGGAGCCUCGGGGUUUUUCCUACCAUGGCUUAUGUCUAUAGGGAGACAUCCUAUCCAGUCUAAGCCAGGGAUAUGGUCAGACUCCCAGCACAGGUGUCCCGUCAUUACAGAGAAGGACCGCAGAGUGGUCCAGCCGAUGCCUGGGUUGGCACUGGGGCAUCCAGGUUAGAUGCCUGGUCCCUGCAUAGCUGUCCAAAGAACUGUCCCUCACACCCUCUGGCUCCUGAGUAAGGUGCGGGGUGGUCUCCUUGCCUCCAUCGCUACCUCGAUGAGAGCAGAGAGCCCACCCAGGGGUCAGGCAGCAGGUCUUUGCUUCCAGAGCCCCAGUUCGGAAGGGUGCAGAAAGAAUGCCCGCAAGGAGUAGGGUGGCACUCCCGUUGCCCCGCAGUGGCUGCCUCAAGCACACUCCCCCCCACCGGCUUCUGGUCUGGGCAGCCUCCUCUGGAGGGCACCAGCUCUGGUCUGGCCAGACACUGUAGCCCGCACAUGCCCACCCAAGGUGGAGGGUCUGCUGUGUUCGCUCUCCAGAGAACUGCAGAGUUGAGGAGUGGACUGUUCUGACUUCCUGCUUCCUCAGGCCUUCUGGAGAGGGCAUGCAGGCAGGGCCCACCCAGAGCGGAGGGCCCAUGUCACCACCAGGAGGGAGGCUGUGUGGAGCUGUGGUUUUGUGCUGUGUUUUGUGCUUCUGUUACAUAGCUCUGUUUUUAAAUCCACACUUCAGUGAUGUUCAGUGUCCCCUGGUGAGGUGUGUGCCCUGGAGUGGCCAUGGGGCAGGGCAGGCCCAGCCGUGUACCCAUUGUGGAGUAAAACAGAGUGAGACCCUUCCUGGCAGCAGACCCAGGCCCAGCCAGCCUCCAGGAGUGACUCCUGUGUUCCCCGAGUCCAGGGAUGCCCCGGCCUGCCACCUGGGCUGGAGGGCCUCUCCCUCCACCCAGCCCAGGACCCCAGCAGGCUCCCCCUAGGACCAUGGAUGCUCCAUUGUUUCUCUUUCCUCUGUCUCACUCACCCUAGGACCCAGCUCCCUGCUCCCCAACCAAGUGCUGCAUCUGGAGAAUACGCCGUAGCUUGGUCUAAUUGUUUUCAGGCCUUAAAAUAUAAACUUGUUCCACAAGG